AUGGGGAGAAAAUCAAGUGCGAUAAAGGCCUCGCAAUCGAAUGGUGUCAGCGGAGGUGUUCGAAGGGCGGAGCAAGCAGCCGAGCGGAACCGCAUCUUCUCGUUGGAAGCCGAAAAUGAGGCGCUGAAAGCUGAAGUAGAUAAUCUCCGGAAUCAGUUGCUGGAAGUCAAACAGGAGCUUCAGCAGGAGAAGAACCACAAACUGUUUUUGCGUGAAAAGCUCACCGACCAGAGACAAGGAGUUUUAUUGCUGCAAGAAAUCACCGAGAAGAAGAACGAGUUGAUUGGAGUUCGUUACCAGCUGAAACAACUGAAGGCUGAACAGACUACCUCCAUUAACAAAGCCAAAGUCGACAUGAAAGCGUCUGUUGAAAAAGUCCACAUGGUGAGGAUUGAGGCCAUGAAAGAGGAAGUCAAUCAUCUGAAGGAGUGUUCCCUGAGCCCCAAAGUCCCUCAGAAACCAUACAACGACUUGAAAACGAAGGAGACGAAAAGACAGCGGUUCCAAACGGUUGCCAAAGCGAUUGAACAGUACGUGGGACCUGAAAAUCUAGAUGUCUUCUUGACGGAUUUCAUCCAGUACAUUGCCUCUAACGAGGCGUACUCGUUCGCCACGACACUCGACGCGUGGGACUCUUUCGUCGCCUCGACACGCUGGAAGUUUUCCGACGGGUUUCUCAAAGACUUCAAGGCUUUCUGUAAAAAGAAGCUAAAAUUCGAUAUCUUCUCUUCUCGGCAGUCAAUUUCGAAGAUUAAGAAGAGAUUUGACCCAGAUGCUGAUUAUUACAUCGUAAUCGAAAGAACGAAGAAGAAGACGAGAUCUGGAAAGGACGUGGUCGUGCCUACCGCUGUUAUUACGGCUCGGGACACGGCGAAUCUUCUUUCUCGGCGCCUCACUACGCACGCUGCACAAAAACGGUCGUCUCAGAUUCGACGAGCCAACAACCAGUGACGAUAUCGUUGUAGGAUUUGGCGGCGACAAAGGUGCUGACUUGACGAAGAUCGUUGGAGUCUUGCAGAACGUCGACAAUCCCAACAAUGCCCACAAUAGUCUUCUUCUUGGAAUGUACUCAGGAAAUGACGACCAUCCAACAUUGAAAGCGAAAGUGGCAGGAGUAUUUGACCAGAUAAACAACCUGAAAACUGUCACUUAUCUGGAGAACGGGAACCCUGUGACUCGGAAAGUUGUGAAAAGAGCGCUCGGAGACUGUAAAUUUCUGUCCGCCGUCUUCAACCACGCUGGCCAGUCGUCCAAAUUUCCUUGUUUUGCCUGCAACGCGAGCUGGUCGAGCCACGGAUCACAUGCAGCAACCCUGGCAACAUUUCCAUUCGAGCUGUCAGGUCCCUUGCGAACACUGGAGCAGCUUCUGAAGGAGGGGUCUCCACUUUUGAAGUUUAAUCCGGAAAUGGCUGGUCCCCCCCAACUUCACGUGUUUCUCGGCAUUGUGCAGUCGUACGUGGUUAACUGGUUGAUUGCCCUCGCCAAUAGAGAAGAUUACGGACCGGAUGUGCUCCCCAUUGAUCUGAAAAAGCAAUGUAAAAUGUUGAAGACGUUGGAGAGAGAAGAACAGUGCUAUGCGUCGCGUGCAGAAGGUCUCCGUUCCGCUGUUGGCAACGCGGAAAAAGUCAUGGAAGUGAUCACGAAAGUGGCUGGAAAUGCAUCCGUUCGCAGAUCAGAGGUUCAUCGUUGUGGAUCAGCUUUCUGUGUCGCCUCGAUAUCGAAGAAAUCCGCAUUUGGAAAGAUCUCUUCUUUCCAGUGCACCACGUGCAACAAGAACAUCCACUGUGUUUGCGGUUUCGCGUUCACUCCGGACGAUGAGCACAAAUCCGCGGAAGGCAAGUAUCGAUGCGUUGAUUGUCGCGUCGGAACCAUGGUCCAUGGACAUCAACCAGAGAAAGGAUCAUUUGCAAGAGCUUCUCGAUUCCCUGAGUGCGCAGUUGGAGAAUGAUGAGGAUGUGCUGCAAGAUGUGAUUUCUGAACGAGAGGAACUGGAUGGAAUGCUGAAGAAAUCGAAUGGCCCAACUAGGAAGCAUCUCGAAGAGGCGUUUCGAUCAAUCGGAUGCGAUCACAGAGUGUGGUACCAAGAGUUGACUGGAAACCAAGUGAGGAAGCUUCUUCGGUCCUCGAGUAUCGACCUGAUUCUCGCUGUUUUCCCUCCAAGCAACGAGAUCGACAUGAUGCGCAAGGUGAUGGGAAAUCUGGAAUUUCUGAUGAGUCAGGCCGACAACAAGAUCAAAUCAGAUGCGGACAUCGAUCGCAUCGAAGGAGUGAUCGAUUUGCUCGUCUCAAACCUGCGCGAUUUGCAACCUGAUGCUUCAGUGACCCCGAAGCUCCAUCUGCUCGCUGCUCAUCUCGUUCCGUACCUCCGCGAGAACAGGAGUUGGGGGAGAAUGACAGAGCAGGGACUGGAGUCCUUGCAUGCCGUUAUCAACACCCUCACGAGUCGUUUCGCUUCCGUCCGGGACGUGAGGCUCCACUUCGUCCUCAUUCUUCAGCAACUGUCGAAUUACAAUCUUCUACACGAUACAGGCAUUUCCUGGCAUCAGUCCGACUAA